CCCCAGCAGCGCUCCACAGCCGGCCCAGCCUCGCGCCUCAUGGACACUGCUGCUAUUCACGGUAGCAGCGCAGCUAUCAACGACCAGCGCCCGGCGCAUUCGAGCGGGAUCACCAUAGAGGUAUUGCGCAAGGAGGAGCAGCGGAUGCGGCACGAGCUCGACCACUACAAGGGUCAGCUGCAGGACCUGCAGUCCAAAAACGAGAUUGAGAUGGAGAGGCUCAAUAUGCGCGCACAGCAGAGCGAGCAGCGGGAUUAAAGAGCUGAUGAUGGAGCGGCGAGAUCUGGUCCAGACAAUUACAAAACGGGAGGGUACGCUGCGGUCCAAGGAGCGCGAGCGCGAGGCACUAGUGGAGCAGCUCGAGAAGCAGCAGCAGCUAGCACAGCAGGCGAUUGGGCAGCAGAAUGCCCUGCGAGAUCGGUCGGAGGCCGCAGGAGUUAUCAGCAGCAACGUCAAAAAGGCAAUGGACCAGAUGGCACAGCGAAUCGAAGAGCACAAGCGGCAUCUGCGGCAUACUGAGGCAAAGCUGCGCAAGGCAGAGCUAGCAAGACAUGCUGCCGAAGAGCAGCUUAACAAGCUGUCAGCCGACGAUUACCCGGCGCAGCUGCGUAAAGCCAGAGAUGAACUGCGAGCGCGCGAAGAGCGGCACGGCGAUGAUGUGGAGCGGAUCAAGCAGCUGCUCAGCGAUGAGCGUGAGGCCGCGGCGGGUUACAUGAAGCAGCUGAACGAGGCAAAUGUGCAUGCGACGACCCUCGAGCAGGAGCUGCUGCAGGCGCGCAAUAGCGCCAGCAACGAUAGUGCUGAGCUAUCGAAGAAGCUGGACAUCUCAAUGGCACAGCAUGCCAAGUCAAGGGCCCAGCUGUCAGAAUUCGAGCGGCGAGCAGCGCAGCGCAGCGAGGAAGCAAGCCGGCAGCUGAAAGCAGCUACCGGGGUUAUUGAAGACCUGAAGGCCGAGGUUGCACGGCUGGAGCGUGAGCGUGAAGAAGUGCAGCAUGAGAUGAAGGCCAAGAUGCGCGCACUGAACAGCGAGUACAAGCUGGCGAAGCACAAUUUCGCAAGCUCAGUCAAGGACGCCGACAACGAGCGCAAGCGGCGACUGCAAGACACCCAGUCUCAGCUUGAGCUGGUAACUAAGGAGGCGGUUGACCUGCGUGCCCAGCUCAGCGAGCUGCGAAGUGGGCUGGUGAAGAAGGAGAUGGCGUGGAAGGACGAGCGCCUUGAGUUUGAGAACGACCUGAAGGCAGCGGCGGCAGACUUUGAGACAAUGCAGGAAAGGAUGGAUGAAAAGGAGCGCGUAUUCCAGGACAGGAUCAAGAAGCUGGAGGACAAGACGCGCAAGAGCGAGGCCACGUGGAAUGCGGAGCGCAACAACCUGCUGGGGAAGCUCGAUGCGGCCAACAAGGACGGGUUCAAGCUGCGCGAAGAGCUGGCUUCGAUGCGCAAGGAUGCUAGCAAAGCCAAGUCGACUAGCCAGGCAGAUGUUCUUCGAACCACUAGGGAGAUGGCACAGCUGCGGGCUGGCAUGGACGAGCGAGAGCAGAGGUGGGAGGAGGAGCGCAAGCAGGUCGCCCAGGAGCAUGACGAGAUCGUUGCUGGCAUGAAGGAGGACUAUGCGGCGCUGGAGCAGCAGCUGCAGGACGACAAGUUCACCCUCGAGUCGCAGCUGCAGGAGGCCCAGGAUGAGCUGGCGCAGUGGCGAGACUCCACAUGACGAUGACUUUGCGUCGCUUGAGGAGCAGCUGCGCAACGCCGAGGAGGCGCUGAACAAGGAGCGCGACCAUGUCGGCGACCUCGAGGACGAGAUGGCAGCAAAGCAGGAAAAGCACGUGCAUGAGAUCCAGGAACUCGAAGAGCUGAUGCAAACCUACCGCCAGGGGCGCGAGGCUGCUGAUGCGGAGCUGCAGGCGCAAAUCAAGGCCGCCAAGGAACGCGAGGCUGCUGAGGAUGGCCUGAGGGUGCAGCUCAGAGAGGCCACAGAGCGUGCCGACGAAUUCGAGAGCGAGAAUGACCGUCUGGUGGCCCGCCUUGAGCUCAUGGAGCAAGACAACGAGGCGCUUGUGAUAGCCUACGAGCAGCUCGAGGACCAAGUCGCCGAUCUGACCGAG